AUGGAAUGGAGUCGAACAAGUCGAACAUUAGAAUUUGGGAGGACUUAUGUGGUUAAGCCUAAAGGAAAACACCAGGCUACCAUAGUUUGGUUGCAUGGGCUCGGUGACAAUGGUUCGAGUUGGUCACAACUUUUGGAAAGUCUCCCCCUUCCAAAUAUAAAAUGGAUAUGUCCCACAGCUCCCACUCGCCCUGUGGCUAUACUCGGUGGAUUUCCUUGCACAGCUUGGUUCGAUGUGGGGGAGCUUUCUGAAGAUUGUCCAGAUGAUUUCGAAGGCUUAGAUGGCUCGGCAUCACAUAUUGCUAAUUUGUUGUCUACAGAGCCUGCCGACAUUAAACUUGGUAUUGGAGGCUUCAGUAUGGGUUGUGCAAUGGCUUUGUAUUCUGCAACUUGCUUUGCGCAGGGAAAAUUCGGCAAUGGCUACCCUUAUCCUGUUAACCUUCGAGCCAUUGUUGGCCUAAGUGGCUGGCUUCCCGGUGCUAGAAGUGUUAGAAUUAAGAUUGAAGGAUCACACGAGGCUGCAAGACGUGCUGCAUCUCUGCCGAUUUUGCUAUCACACGGACUAUGUGAUGAAGUUGUUCCUCACGAACAUGGAGAAAGGUCUUACCAUGCAUUGAGCUUAGCUGGUUUUCGAAAUCUUUCAUUUAAAACCUAUCAAGGGAUCGGUCACUACACUGUGCCUAAGGAGAUGGAUGAUGUUUGUCAAUGGUUAAACACAAGGCUCGGACUCUAA